GUCAAAAGUGAAGUGUCAAAAGCAAAUCAAAACAAUAACAAACAAAUACAAUUUAAUAAACAAACGGCAGUGCCUAUUUAUUCUAGUAUUUCUAAAAUGGUUACUUGUGCUGUUUCUACAUGCAAGAAUACUUCAGCCAAGAUAUCCAAGAAUAAAGACGGAAUUACUUUUCAUAGAUUUCCAAGAGAUGAGGAUCGGAGACGAAAAUGGGAAGUGGCGGUGAACCGAGAGGGCGACUGGUCAGCCACUUCUUCCAGUGCUGUUUGCUCGGAACACUUUGAUGCCAAAGACUUCUAUUUGACUGAAAGUGGACUGCGGAGAUUAUCGCUUUGUGCAGUGCCUUCUAUCAAUAUCUCGCCAUGCCAACCAACAGAGCCGACUAUUUGCAAACUGGAUCCCAUUCAAAUAUCAUCUACCGAUACUCCUGAAGUGAUUGAGCUGAAGCACAAAGUACGCAGACUGGAGGUGAUUGCAGAGAACCGACGGAGACGCCUCAACCUCAUGUGGCAGAGCAAAAGGCGAUUGAGGAAAAAGGUGGACAGGAUGAAGACCUUGAUCAAACAUUUGAUCCAACAUAAAAGAGAAAAGGAUAUUGAUAGAUGAGGUUGUAAGAGCAGAGCAAGUGUCGAUGUUAGUAAAAGGAAAAAUGGAAGAAGAUGAUGUAGAGAAGCUUUGCUCUGGCUUUCUGGUGAAUACCAUUAAAAAAGUUGAAUGGUAAGUACUUCUAUGAGCCUGCCUACAUAUAUAAGUGUAAUUUUCAUGAAAGUUCAUAAAUCAAUAUUUGUAAAUUGAGUAGGUAACAAAAGUUAACAUAAAACUAAUGUUGCUGAAACAAGGUGUGUGUCAUUAAAUAAGUUUUUGUGCCAUAUAAAUUUUAAAUAUAGGUAGGUACCUAUUUAAUGUUAUGUCUCAUUACCUAAGUGCAUACAUUGUAUUAUUAUUUAGGUAUGUCGUUACUCUGAUAUUAAUAUGUUAUAAUGUAUCAGUGGAAUAAUAAGUGAAAUAUGUGGCAGAUGGUAGACUAAUAUAAUAAAUUUUAAUUUUAAAUUGUGAAACUUAAUUAAAAUAACAUGAAUUUUUCAGAUUAAACUACCUAGAAAGGCCAUGGAUAAAAAGUCAAUUU